GGGCCGCAGGGCGCCGCCGCCUCCGCUGCCGCCGAGCCCUGGACCGGCGGAUCCCCAUGCGGCGGCGGGGACGCCUCCGGGCCCCUGCAGAAACGGCGACGGGGGGCGCUCAUGACUUGGACUAGCAGCAUGAGUAGUGGCUACAGCAGCUGGGAAGAAUCGGAGUCCGAGGAGUUUUUCUUCACAGCUCGCACCUCUUUCUUCAGGAAACCCUUCGGCCCAGCCAAACCAAGCCUGCAAGAUGUUCAGAAGGAGAGAGAAACUCAUAAUUACCUCAGCAAGGAAGCAAUCAAGGAAAAAGUCCAAAUAUACAAUUCAGAUGUUACUGACAAGCUAAAGAUGACAUUGAAUGCAAGCGGAAUAUACACUGGCUUCAUCAAAGUUCAGAUCGAACUUUGCAGACCUAUCACUCUACAGACUUCUGUGAAUGUAGGGAAGCAUCUCAACAGCAAUGAGACAACUUUUUAUUUGCCUAAUGGCUAUAUGAACACUCUUCAUAUCAGCAGUACUAACACAGUCCGUGAAGUUAUUGAGGCUUUGCUCAAAAAAUUUCUGGUGGCUGAUAAUCCUGCCAAGUUUGCACUUUAUAAGCAGUGUCACAAGGAAGAUCAAGUUUAUAUGUGCAAGCUCUCAGAAACAGAACAUCCUCUCUAUUUGCGGUUGGCGGCUGGUCCAAGAACAGAUACGCUUAGCUUUGUUUUGCGUGAGCAUGAAUCUGGGGAGGUAUUGUGGGAAGCGUUUAGCCUUCCUGAAUUACAGAACUUCCUGCGUAUUCUGGAUAAAGAAGAAGAUGAGCAACUACAAACCUUAAAAAGACGCUAUGCAGCAUACAGAAAAAAACUUGAAGAAGCUCUUGGUGGAGUUUGGAUUCAAAGUUAAAAGGGGGGUCAAAGAAUACUCAGGGAAGAUGUGUGUUGCUUAAUUUUAAGUAACUUGCCUUUAACAAAAUGACUUUCACAAAGAAUAAUUUGUUCCCUAGAGGCAGUUCUAUAGAUAUUUUGCAUGUAGGAGCAUACAGAAAUUGCAAUAUUUUCAGGUUUUUGUUUAUGGUAUGUCUUGAUUUUUUCCACUUUAGUUGUGAUUGUCAGAGAAAUCUGUUUUUAUAGGCAGUAAAAAAUGAAGCUUUUCUGCUUUAAUGUUAAAACAAAGGGGGAUGCAAAUUUUGAUACGCUACUCAAACUCAGUUUAUAAUAAGAAUUAGUAGACUCUUUGAUAGCAUAAUUGAUUUGACUGCUGUUUUCAAGUAUUUCUUUAUAAUUUUGCAAAUUAAAUUAUUUUUAUACAUUGAAGAGAAAUAUAAGUUAAAGUUCAAUCAAAUGGAACUAUAUAAGGUGAAAUGGAAGUUGAAAUGAAGGUAAGAGUUGGAGAAAAGAAAUGUUGAAAUAAUAUUGAAAAGAUAUUGUUUUGCAGUUGGUUAAUGUAAUGAGAAAGAAAGUUGAGGGGUUUUGUUGAGGGAUUUUGUAGUUGAAAUUAAUAUAUUCAGUGCUAUUAUUGAAGAGGGUUUAUUAAAUAUAGUAGAGAGUAAACUGCAUGUGGUAUGUAGGGAUUUUUAUGAAUCUAAAAUCAACAUUAAAUUGUUAAUUUGGAAUUCUUAUAAUUUAUUAAAUGUCCAAAUAUGUAUAUGAAUUCCUUUGAAUACACAAUUUAUUUCUUGGAAAAGAGUUACUUUUAAUAUGAAGCUAAUUUCCUCCAUUUGAAACCAAGUAAUAUUUUUACUUAUACUCAUUGCACUGGGAAUAACUUGACAAUCUAUUUUUUAAUUUCUAUUCUGAAAAGUCAACUAAAAGUUGAUCAGGGUUCUAGGUGCAAAAUUUGUGAGAGGGAAAAUUUUGCAGUCAAUUAGCAGUAUUUUUUCCUCAAAAAAUAGUUUAUCUAAGAUAUGUAUAACAAAACCAAAGAAAUGGAUGUGCAAUAGAAACACUUAGAUAAAUAUAUAACAGAGGUUUUUGUACACACUAUUUGCAACCAUGAAUCAGAAUGUAUUCACUUGAGAUAAAUUUAAUUUCCAUAAUUUAAAAUAAUCAUGUUGGCCAACCUUUUUAAAAAUGUAAUCAUUUGGACAUUUACUUUAAAAGUUUUGAGGAACUUUCUUAGAAAUGGUGACAUCUGGUGGAUAUUGCAGGCAACAGUAAUAUAUUAUUAAAAAAUGCCUUUAUGUCAAUCUUAGGUUGCUUUUCUUGUCAACAUAAGAUUAUAACUUUCAAAGUGCAGAAACAAUCUUUACUACAAUAUAAUAUUAAUACUAUUUUGAAAUUUGUGGUUAAUAUAUAACGACAUACCUUGGUUUUUUUUGUUAACACUUAACUGUAGUACUCUGUAUUUGUCUUUUAUUUCAUUGGAGAUACAAUCAAAGUUACAUAGAAUAGUGUUGCUUGACUGCAACUAUAAUGUUUUUUUCCCUGAAGAUACUAAGUCAGGUCAUUGGAUCAAUUUGGAUAUUAUUAAUCUUCUAAUGAACAUAUCUUCUAGUGACAUUAAUGCUGUUUUAUUUUGUUUUAUCUUAUAAAGUGCAUCAUGGGUUCCACUAUAGUUCAUUUCUAAUAUAAUUUGCACACAAAUGACCAGUAUUCAAACAUUAUACCUAAUUGCUCCUGCAUAAAAGCAUCACUGAAAAAAGGGCAUUAAUCCAGAACAGAGUAAAAAGUUCUGAGGUAAAACGAAGAAUGCUUGGGGAGAUUGUUUCAGUUUUCCAUUCAAUAUUCUGUUCUUGCCACUGAAUAUUUGUUCACUCACUUCAUGUACAAGGUAUAAUUUCUUUUUCUACCUUACCUUGGUAGGAAAUAUCACUUCCUUGUUUACUCUUUUAAUGUAAAUCCAAAGCCACAUAAGAAAACAAUGUUGCUUGUCUAAAAGGGCACACAGUGUAAAAGUAGUAUUACAUAUUAUUAGGACAGGUGAAAAAUGAAUAUAUCACUGUGGUAAAGCAAAUCAGAACUUGUUUUUCUAUGUAUGUGAUUUCAGAAUGGUGAUUUGAGAGUGUUUUCCAAUUUGACUCUUUUCCUUAGCUUGCUUAUUGGAGCAGCUAAGCUGUAAACCAAUAUAAGAGUCAUUUAACUGUAUUAAGGUAAAGCAUUUAAUGUUUUAGUUUUUUUUAAACAUCUGAUUCUAAGUUUGAAAUGCUGUUUUUGAAUAUUGAAUGAAAAUUUACAAAUAUGUGAAUUAUAAUUUUAACUUGAACUUUGUUUUCUUACUCUCUUUUGAUGGGUUUUAUGUACUACAGGUUGGAGUAAGAAAAACAGUUUGUAUUAAUCCAGACAUUCUUUUACUUGGGUUACUGCUGUUGUUAUUUUUUAAUUAUAAAGAGACUUGGUGAUUGAUUAUUUUAAUGUAGGAUUCAAUUUUUGUUUUAGUGUAACAUUCCUAAUCUUCAGAGAUGUUACAGCUGUUAUGUUUUGAUUAUAUGUUAAUGAAUAAGUCGGAGAGGACAAGGAAAACACUUUUUUUGAGAAACGUUAUUUAUUAUUUUUGAGUUUUUUUUAUACAGAAAUCCAAUUCUCUUUGAUGUAAAGAAAAUACUGCAGCAAGUUUUCCAUAAAUAAAUAUGAAGUUGGCAUUGUA